AUGUCCGAAGACAUGCAGCAGGACGCUGUGGACUGUGCCACUCAGGCCAUGGAGAAGUACAACAUAGAGAAGGACAUUGCAGCGUACAUCAAAAAGGAAUUUGACAAAAAGGUUGCGGAGGGGUCACUGGCCGAAGCAGUCAUACAGGUCCGGGACAUUGACACCACCGCGUCCCCCCGUGUUCAAACGCACUCUGCAUGA